AUGAGGAUUUGGUCGCGACUGCGGUGGAUGGCCGUCAUCACCGUGGCCCAGAGACCAGAGAUUAAUGUUAAUUUAAUUAAAUGCCAACAAAACGAAUUAAGACCAAUAAACAAUGAACAGUUUGAAAAUUUUAAGAAAAUAAACAACAAAAGCUAUAUGCGUUUACAUGAUGAAAUACGCAGCUAUAAAUCCUUUGAAGAAAACAUAAGAAUUGUCAACGAACACAAUAAAUUUUACGAAACUGGAAAGAGCAGCUUUAGAUUAUCAACAAACACAAUGGCAGAUAUGAACACCGAUUCUUAUCUGCAAGGUUUUUUACGUUUACUGCGGAGCCCACCGAAUUCUACUACGGAUAAUAUUGCUGAUAUUGUAGGAUCUCCGUUAAUGAAUAAUGUUCCUGAGAGUUUUGACUGGCGUAAAAAAGGCUUUAAUACUCCACCGUAUAAUCAACAGAGCUGUGGCUCCUGUUAUGCAUUCAGUGUAGCUCAGAGUAUCGAAGGACAAGUUUUCAAGCGCACCGGAAAAUUACUGGCACUUAGUGAACAACAGAUUGUCGAUUGCAGUGUAUCUCAUGGUAACCAUGGUUGCAUAGGCGGUUCAUUGCGAAACACCCUGACGUAUCUACAGGCCACCGGUGGUCUCAUGAGAUCACUUGACUACAAAUAUGCGGCAAAGAAAGGAGACUGUCAGUUUGUCAAGGAACUGGCCGUGGUCAAUGUGACCUCCUGGGCGAUUUUACCCGCAAAUGAUGAGAACGCCAUUCAAGCAGCUGUGGUUCACGUUGGUCCAGUUGCCGUUUCCAUCAAUGCAACUCCAAAAACAUUUCAAUUAUAUAGUGCCGGAAUUUAUGACGACGUUGCCUGUAGUUCAACUUCUGUAAAUCAUGCUAUGCUCUUGAUUGGAUUUGACAAAGACUUUUGGAUUCUGAAGAACUGGUGGGGAGAAUUAUGGGGUGAAUCCGGUUUUAUGAGAAUACGCAAGGGUAUCAACUUAUGUGGGAUCGCAAACUAUGCAGCUUAUGCCAUUGUAUAAUAAUCUUAAUUUGUGUUAAAGCUGCAAUUAUAUUGAUUAAUUGUAUUUAGAAUGCUUUGCAGUAAAAAAAGGAUUUCUAAGCAUAUUUACAUGAUAUGUAAAUACGUAUGCGUAAUAAGUCUCACAUAUACAAUAAUGUAUAAAAUCAUAUUAUAUGUGUAAUAUAAACACGAGAAAAUGUAUUAACACGCUGCCUCGAC